AGCAGGCGGCCGAAGAGGAGGAGAACAGAAGAUGGAAACAGCAGUUCAACUCGUUGCGCGCGGAAGAGGAGAUGUACAGGAAGGAACAGGAGAAACUAUCACAAGCAAAGGUGAAAUCCAAGCAGGACAAACUACCGCAAGCAAAGGGGAAAUUACCCUGGAGUAGGCUCAAGAACAAGAUUUUUCGUAAAGAAGGAAGGGAAAUAUGUUCAGAACAUGUGAAGCACCAGACACAUCCCAUCACUGAAGUCAGAAGGCACUAUAUGCUUGCUUCUGACGAGGCGAACCAUCUUGAUGCCUAUUCGGAAUGUAGAUCGGUGAUUGGAGAUGGGGAGUGUUUCUACAGGAGCUUCAUAUUUUCAUACCUUGAGCAAGUUAUUGAUAGGCAGGACACACAUGAGGAACGCCGUCUCCUUCAUGUUGUUAAAAGAGUGGCUAGGCAACAUGCAAAUCUUCGAUGGAACUCUGAAUUUUCCAGGAGCAGCAGAGCAUUUAAAAAUCUGAUCAAGAAAGUAAAGAGAUGGAAGAGACAUGGCAGGUGGAACAGCAGGAAAUCAACUAGCAGCUACCGUAAAGAGAAACUUCUCAACUUCUUCAGCGAAUAUGAUACGACACUAGACAUUUUCAUUUUCCUCAGAUUAGUAGUAGCUAUCGAGAUAUGCUCGCACAGGGAGGUGUAUGAACAGCUUAUACCAGGGCUCAGAGAAAAUUACAGUCUGGAAGAUUGGUGCAUUCGGCGCGUCACUCCAGCUCGUAGGUUCACGGACCAUGUUAUGAUGCUGGCCUUGGCCACAGCGCUUGAGGUACCCCUCAGAGUGGAGCGAGUCCGAGGAGUAUAUCAUCCAGAUAUCUACACUGGUACUGGAGUUCCCCGUCCGAGUGUGACCCUGCUGUACUCGGGAAAUCACUACGAAAUCAUCUACCCACGUGCUCCUUCUGCUGAGAGUUCAAGUCAUCAGGCUUCCCAGAGAAAAGAUCCUGCUGAUCAGAGUUCAAGUCAUCAGGCUUCCCAGAGAGAUCCUGGUGAUCAGAGUUGAAGUCAACAGAUUCCUCUGGAUUAAAGUUGAGCUGGGCUGAUGCCUAUGAAUGAGAAUGUUGCUGAGCUUAGUGUUAGAGAGUUAGAGUACAACUAGUUCCCCAUGAAGUUGGGGUAGGCAUAGCAUAGCAUAGCAUAGCAUACUUGUGCAUUCUUCUUGUGUUGUGGCACAAACUGCUGGUGCCGAUGGACGGAUGAUCAGUAGCUGAUCCCUUGUCUUGAAGAGAGAAAAGGGAGAAAAACUUGUGCUGUUAUUUGAAUUGUUGGCUGGUAUACAGUGAAUUCCAUUAGAUUUUCAACUGAUUUUGCUAGUUUAA